AUGCGGACUGCUAGGGAGCGUGAGGAGACUGCUAGUGAGCGUGAGGAGACUUCUAGGGAGGAUGAGGAGACUGCUAGGGAGGAUGAGGAAACUGCAAGGGAGCGUGAGGAUACUACUAGGGAGCGUGAGGAGACUGCUAGGGAGGAUGAGGAGACUGUUAGGGAGCGUGAGGAGACUGCUAGUGAGUUUGAGGAGACUGCUUGGGAGGAUGAGGAGCCUGCUUGGGAGGAUGAGGAGACUGCUAGGGAGCGUGAGGAGACUGCUAGGGAGGGUGAGGAGGCUGCUAGGGAGGAUGUGGACCCUGCUAGGGAGUGUGAGGAGACUGCGAGACUUGAUGAGUAGACCGCUAGGGAGGAGGAGGAGAAUGCUUGGGAGGAUGAGGAGACUGCUAGGGAGGAUGACGAGACUGCUCGGGAGAAGGAGGAGGCUGCUAGGGAUGUCGCGGAGACUGUGAUGGUGAGGAGACUGUUAGGGAUCGUGAGGAGCCUGUUAGGGAGGAUAAGGAGUCUGCUAGGGAAGAUGAUGAGACUGAUAGGGAGGAUGAGGAGAUUGAUAGGGAGUGUGGGGAGACUGCUAGGGAGGGUGAGGAGGCUGCUAGGUAGGAUGUGGAGCCUGCUAGGGAGUGUGAGGAGACUGCGAGACAGGAUGAGUAGACCUCUAGGGAGGAGGAGGAGACUGCUACGUAGGAUGAGGAGACU